AUGGAGUGGGGCAAUUACUCCAUAUAUGCAGACUUUGUACUCCUGGGCUUGUUCAGCAAUACUCGUUUCCCUUGGCUACUCUUUGUCUUCAUCUUCCUGGUCUUUGUCAUCUCCAUAGCCAGCAACACCAUCAUGAUCAUUCUCAUCCAUGUGGACUCACGCCUUCACACUCCCAUGUAUUUCCUGCUCAGCCAACUUUCCAUAAUGGACAUCCUGUACAUUUCCACCAUUGUGCCCAAGAUGCUGGUUGACCAGAUGGUGGGCCAGAGGGCCAUUUCCUUUGCAGGAUGCACUGCCCAGCAUUUCCUCUACUUGACCUUGGCAGGGGCUGAGUUCUUCCUCCUGGGACUCAUGUCCUAUGACCGUUACAUUGCCAUCUGCAACCCUCUGCGCUAUCCUGUCCUUAUGAGCCGCAAGGUCUGCUUGUUGAUUGUGUUGUUGGCCUGGCUAGGAGGGUCCAUAGAUGGCUUCUUGCUUACACCAAUCACCAUGCAGUUCCCUUUCUGUUCUUCUCGGGAAAUCAAUCACUUCUUUUGUGAGGUACCUGCCCUUCUGAAGCUCUCCUGUAUGGACACAUCAGCCUAUGAGACAUCCAUGUAUAUCUGCUGCAUUAUGAUGCUCCUCAUUCCUUUCUCUGUCAUCUCAGCCUCUUACACAAGGAUUCUCAUCACUGUUUAUAGGAUGAGUGAGGCAGAGGGGAGGCGAAAGGCAGUGGCCACUUGCUCCUCACACAUGGUGGUUGUCACCCUCUUUUAUGGGGCCGCCAUGUAUACCUAUGUUCUGCCUCACUCUUACCAUACCCCUGAGCAGGACAAAGCUGUGUCUGCCUUCUACACUAUCCUCACUCCCCUGCUCAACCCACUCAUUUAUAGCCUCAGAAACAAAGAUGUCACAGGAGCCCUACAGAAAGCUCUGGGGAGCUGCUUGUGCUCAGCUCAAUAA